CCUUUUCAACAACUAAACCCCCAACCAAGAAAAGAAGACUCCAAAAAUAGCGACAGUCUGAUACACAUAUAGAGACAAAAAUAAAACAAAACGCAAACAUUGUCUGACAGAAGGAUCAAAAACAACAACAACAGCACUUUAUUAAAACUCAAAAUAAAGCAGCUCAUUUCAAGUCCUGCUGUCAGCUGAAACGGUUGUUCUAAACGCAGAGUGAAUUUUUAAAAAUAAAAAAAUUGUUCCCAUUAACCCAGUGACUAAGCGAUUUUUUCCGGCCAAAAAUGACUUCCAAUGAUUCGUUAGAUAUUGCAACGGGACAGACUGGGGAUUGUACUGCAGGAAAUCCCACAACACAAGUGCAACAUUUACAGCGUUUGAAGCAGCAGCGCAGUUUUGAACAACGUUACGCUUCGAUAAUUAACCAACAAAUCCUGGAGAAGACCAUCAAUCGAGAAGUGCUGCAACGACAGGCCAAUGCUUUCUUUCCCUUUGGACGAACACCGUCUAAUGAGAGUGCCAAGAGCCAGACAACGGAUGAAGAAGACGGUGGGGAGGUCAGUGCAGGACAUGCGGAGGAGGAAGUGGAAGCUGAGAAUGAACAAAAAUAAAGUUUGGAAGUUGUAAAACUUUCUCAGAAGAGGAUGAAACCUUUAUCCAAUGGACUUAUUAAAAUAAUUAGAUAAAAAACAAAAUCUAGAUUUUAUUAACAUUUUAUUGUGAAUAUGUGAAGGCCUCAAGAAAAUUUGUAAAAUAUUGUAUUUGCUUCCUUAUUAAGUGCUAAGAGUUUUUUUUUUUCUAAUAAAUACAUAUUUCUUAACUCAAAUUAUUGGUCUCCCGCAUACUUUUAAGUGUUUCUCAAUAGGCCUUAAUCGGUGUACUCAUCCAUUCAAAUUGCACAGUUCUCUGCUUCUCAUACAGAUCCUUGUGUAUGUCUCUCAACUCUCCCAGAUAUUGAUUGAACUCCGAUGAAAUGGCAUAGACGCCAUACAACUGAGCGGCGGCAUAUGUCAAAUAAAGCAACUGAUAAAAUGUCGACAGUGUUGCCACCAGAUAAAAUUUCAAUUCCGGUGAUUUGUGGGUUAUCACCUCAUAGAAAUAAAUCGAAUGCCAUGCCGUAAAGAGGACUAAAGCAAAAAACACUGUAGUCGUACAAAAAGUCAUCAAAUAAACUCGGCGAUAGAUCCUUGUGACAUCAAUGCCCAGCAGAGUGAACUCCUCGAUUAGCUUGAGGAAAACAUUAAUGGAUGACACCUCUUCCAGACUGCCAAAGAGCAGGGGUGUAAUGAUGACAAAUGUUAUGAAAAUGCUCAGCAAACGUAAGAUCAGAUUUCCAAGGGCUGAGAGGGAGGAAUUGCCUGCCAUCGGCUGGGAGAAAUCUUGCCAACUCUCGAAAAUUGAUGUAAUAUUGACAUAGGUGAAAAUCAGCAAAUGCAGAAUGGUAUAGGUGAGACCUUUCCAAGAGAUGAGAAACUUAUUCUUGGCCUCAUCGAACUGGAAUGGAAAGAGUCCGGCAACGCGUAUCAGCAGUAUGCAAAUGCCAUAUGCCUCUGGCAAAUUUCGCGGGGUACUAAA